AUGGAGAUAGAUAACGACGUGGCGAUGCAAGAUGCGGCUGAGGAGCCUUUGGACCCAACAUUGGAUGAAGAUGCCGGCACGGAGCACCAGGACGGUGUGCAGACCCGUGAAGGCCCGGGAUCUUCUGGUAUCGCAGAUCAUAAGGCCUCGAAACCACUUCAACUAGACGACGGCAACAUCGGACAAUUAGAUCGGUGGAUAGAGCACCUGGGCUCCUGCCAGGUGCUCUCAGAAGAAGAUGUCGGAAGACUCUGUAAAAUGGCUGUCGAUGUUUUGCAAUUCGAAAGUAAUGUGCAGCCUGUAAAUGUGCCAGUAACAAUAUGUGGCGAUGUUCAUGGGCAAUUUCACGACUUGAUGGAGCUGUUUAAAAUAGGUGGCCCCUGUCCGGACACCAAUUACCUGUUUAUGGGUGACUAUGUAGACAGAGGCUACUACUCGGUCGAAACUGUAUCAUAUUUGGUUGCCAUGAAGGUAAGAUAUCCAAAAAGAAUCACCAUUCUCAGAGGGAACCACGAGUCACGUCAAAUUACUCAAGUUUAUGGCUUCUACGACGAGUGUCUGCGCAAGUAUGGAAGCGCAAAUGUUUGGAAGAUGUUCACUGAUUUAUUCGAUUAUUUUCCUAUUACUGCAUUAGUGGACAACAAAGUAUUCUGUCUACACGGGGGGUUAUCACCGAUGAUCGAGACUGUAGAUCAAGUUCGCGAACUAAAUAGAAUACAGGAAGUACCACACGAGGGUCCCAUGUGCGAUCUACUUUGGUCUGAUCCAGACGAUAGAGGCGGAUGGGGUAUCAGUCCAAGAGGAGCCGGUUUCACUUUUGGCCAAGACAUCAGCGAACAGUUUAAUCAUACAAACGACCUGUCACUCAUCGCAAGAGCACAUCAGCUGGUCAUGGAGGGGUACGCCUGGUCCCAUCAGCAAAGCGUUGUCACAAUUUUUAGCGCACCCAACUAUUGCUAUAGGUGUGGUAAUCAAGCUGCUAUCAUGGAAUUUGACGAAAAUCACAACCGUCAAUUCUUACAAUAUGACCCAUCCAUGAGACCGGGUGAGCCCACGGUAAGUAGGAAAACCCCUGACUACUUCUUAUGA